AUACUAGCUAAUUAUAGUGAAUAAAAAUGAAAUGGACCAAAUCAUAUCCAGAGAAGCAAGAAAGUGAAAAUUUUAAGAUGUGGAUAUACCCUUAAGAUUCCGGAGACUUUGCUUCUUAGACAUCCUGUAUAAACUGGCGCCGUCUAAGCCACCACAAUCACCACGACCCCUCUCUCUCUGUCCCUCUCGAAUCUCGAUAUCAAUAGUUCUCUCUACUUCCUGCUCCUCCGCUCCUGUUCACGUAACGUACCGUAACGGUGAGAUUUUAACCACAAGUUUAUAAUAUUUCGUCAUUCAAAUUCACAAACAUAUAUGUAUAACCUAAGAUAUAGUUUGUAAAUUGUUAAAUUAUUUGAUCACUGAAGAUUAAACUCGGUUAACAAGACUUUUUGUAAGAUGGUAUUCAUAAAUUAAAGUUGUCAUAAUGUGUUAACACGUGCAAAGGCGAUACUUAAUCAGUUAAUAGACCGAAAAUGUAGAUUAGUAUUAGAAUAAGUAUAAAUGUAGAUUAGUAUAAAUAGAAACAAUACAGUUGAAAUAUCACUUCUGCUGGAUAAUGAUACGUUGAAAACCCCAUAUAGGUCACUUGUAUCUAGAAGGCAAAAUUUCAAUAUAUAAUACUAACUUUUAACUCCUGAAAGCAGGAGAGACAAUAAAAACUGAGAUGGCUGAACAACAACUAGGAGUGCUGAAGGCACUUGAUGUUGCGAAAACGCAACUUUACCAUUUCACGGCGAUUGUAAUAGCCGGAAUGGGUUUCUUCACAGAUGCUUAUGAUCUGUUUUGCGUGUCAUUGGUGACCAAGCUUCUUGGCCGCCUCUAUUACUUCAAUCCACUGUCAGAGAAGCCUGGCUCACUUCCCCCUCAUGUUGCGGCUGCGGUCAACGGUGUGGCUCUCUGUGGGACCCUUGCUGGUCAGCUAUUCUUUGGAUGGCUAGGUGACAAACUUGGUAGGAAAAAAGUGUAUGGUAUCACAUUGAUCAUGAUGAUCGUGUGCUCCGUUGCUUCUGGUCUCUCUUUCGGUAACAAAGCCAAGGGUGUCAUGACCACUCUUUGCUUCUUCAGGUUUUGGCUGGGAUUUGGUAUUGGAGGUGACUACCCUCUUUCUGCCACCAUUAUGUCUGAAUACGCUAACAAGAAGACCCGUGGUGCUUUCAUCGCUGCCGUGUUCGCCAUGCAAGGUGUCGGGAUCUUGGCUGGAGGUUUCGUGGCGCUUGCAGUAUCUUCCAUAUUUGACAAGAAAUUCCCAGCUCCAACAUAUGCAGUCAACAGGGCUCUCUCAACGCCUCCUCAAGCUGAUUAUAUUUGGAGAAUCAUCGUCAUGUUUGGUGCUCUACCCGCAGCCUUGACUUAUUACUGGCGUAUGAAAAUGCCAGAAACUGCUCGUUACACUGCUUUGGUUGCCAAGAACAUCAAACAGGCGACACAAGAUAUGUCCAAGGUUUUACAAGUGGAACUUGAGAUGGAGGAAAGAGCUGAAGAUAUCGUUCAAGACCCUAGACUUAACUAUGGCUUGUUCUCCAAGGAGUUCGCCAAACGACAUGGCCUUCCCCUCCUCGGAUGUACCUCGACUUGGUUUUUGCUUGACAUUGCCUUCUAUAGCCAAAACUUGUUCCAAAAGGAUAUUUUCUCCGCUAUCGGAUGGAUUCCAAAGGCAGCAACCAUGAACGGAAUCCACGAGGUUUUCAUGAUCGCCAGGGCACAAACCCUCAUUGCACUUUGCAGUACCGUCCCUGGUUACUGGUUCACGGUCGCGUUUAUUGAUAUUAUGGGAAGGUUUGCAAUCCAAUUAAUGGGAUUCUUCAUGAUGACCGUUUUUAUGUUUGCCAUUGCCUUUCCCUACGACCACUGGAUUAAACCGGACAACCGUAUCGGUUUCGUGGUCAUGUACUCCCUCACUUUCUUCUUUGCUAACUUUGGACCAAAUGCAACCACUUUCAUUGUCCCAGCCGAGAUCUUCCCUGCCAGGCUAAGGUCCACAUGCCAUGGUAUAUCAGCCGCAACAGGUAAGGCUGGAGCCAUUGUGGGAGCUUUCGGAUUCUUAUACGCAGCUCAGCCACAAGACAAGACCAAGACGGACGCAGGAUACCCACCGGGUAUUGGAGUCAAGAAUUCGUUGAUCAUGCUUGGUGUCAUUAACUUUGUUGGUAUGCUCUUCACCUUCCUCGUCCCUGAGCCCAAGGGCAAGUCCCUUGAAGAGCUCUCCGGAGAGACUGAAGUUGAAAAAUGAUUACGCCGGUUCACUUUUUCAUUGGUUCCCUUCAAAUAAUUUUUUUUUCCUCACAAUUUUCUGUAAAAUAUCUUAGGUUUGCGAUUUGUGAUGUAAUGUUUUUUAAUGGUGCACUAUUUUGUACAAGUUGUUAAGUUAUCAAAGAAUUUCCAUAAAUUAUAAGCCAAUAGAAUAAUUCUGUUGGAAAUCUUCAACCCAUUUUCGACCAUUAUCAUUAAUGUGAAAUAUCUAUCGAAAUAGAACAUGUUUCUUGUAGUGAUAGUUUUACCGAACCAAUCGAUUUAAUUUUAUUUAGCUAUACUAUAGAACACAUAUUUGUUUAGGACCAUUUUAAUUUUUUAUGUUUUAAAAUUAUACUUUUUCAAAUUCGAACUAUUUUAUAAAUUUCUUUUUAUUUAAUUUUUUCUAAUUUUUUCUCAAAUUUUAUUUUUAAAUUCGAAAAUUAUUUUUGAAACUAUUUUUACAAAAUUUUAAUUUUUUUAAAGUAUUUAUUUAUAUAUUUAUUAGUCACUUAAACUCCACAUUCCAAAAACCCUACCCACCAUCAACUCUAAACUUUAAGUCUAGAUUGGUCAACCCUAAGGUUAUAAAUGUCUUUUUUGUCUUCUUAAAAGUGAGGGUAAAAUUAGUUAAGGUAAACAUGAAAAAUAGUAUUAUGAAUGUGGUAUUUUUGGCAAUUUCUCUAUGAUAAAUAAUUAUUCAAAUAAAUAAAAAAUAAUAAUUUUUUUUUAUGUUUUUGAAUUUUACUUUUUCAAAUUCGAACUUUGUU